AUUAAAAUUUUUACCUCUCACAAAACCCACUGACCGGAACAAAUACCUCCGAAUAUCUUCACCGGAACUUCCAUUCUUCUUAAGAGAGAGGAAAGAAAUACUCCACAAAAAUCAAAUUCACCCCAAAUUUUAAUUUUUCCUACAAAAUUAGUCUUAAGUUUAACUCCAUUUUUCUUCGUUGAAUUUAGCAAAAAGAAGACUUUUUUUUUCUAAAAAAAAAUUAUUUUAAAGAUUUAAGCUUUGCUUUAUUUCCACUAUAAUCCACUAAAUUUUAUCCCCUUCUUUUUUAAUUGCUUCAAGUUUAAGUUUUUCUGUUCCUUUUUCCCACCCUUUUUCUCCCACAAUUUUGCUUCCAUUGACGGAUUUUUUUGAAGCUUUUAAAGCUCAAAUUUCAAUCAAGAAUUCCAAGAAAAAAAGACAAAGUUCAUUUUUUUGUUGUUUCCCAAAAAUUUUCUGCAAAAAGGGUAGGUAUUAAUUUUUGAUUUAUUCUCUGUUUGUAUUAUUCAGAAGACUUGACUAUUCAGAGGAGAGAGAAAGCUAAGAUUUUUAUCGGGUUGAUAAACCCCAGAUGCUUCUUUUGAGGCAACAUUAAGAUAAAAAUUGAUGGGUUAUAUUUAUUUUCCAAAAAAAAUUUGUGGGUGUUUGUUAAAAAAUUGAAAUGAUGCAUUCUGGAAUUAUUUGAGAAAGAAGAGAGUAUGAGUUUUGGUGGUGAAGAAAAUGGUGGAGGGUCUAACCCGGAUUCUAGAAACGGGUCAAUUACCGGGUCACUUGAUGAGAGUCUUCUGGUUGACCCAAGAUUGUUGUUUAUUGGGUCUAAAGUUGGUGAAGGAGCUCAUGGCAAGGUUUAUGAAGGCAGAUAUGGUGAUAGCAUUGUGGCUAUCAAAGUUCUUAACCGUGGGAGUACUACUGAAGAAAGGGCGGUGCUUGAAAGCCGUUUUAUACGAGAGGUUAACAUGAUGUGUAGAGUUAAACAUGAGAACCUCGUCAAGUUUAUUGGAGCAUGCAAAGACCCGUUAAUGGUUAUAGUUACAGAAUUAUUACCCGGGCUGUCAUUGCGAAAGUAUUUAAACCGUCUUCGUCCGAAGCAAUUGGAGCUAAAUGUGGUGUUGAGUUAUGCUCUUGACAUUGCUCGUGCAAUGGAUUGUCUGCAUGCAAAUGGAAUUAUACACAGAGAUUUGAAGCCUGAUAAUUUGCUGCUUACUGCUAAUCAGGAGUCUGUGAAGCUAGCAGAUUUUGGUCUUGCCAGAGAAGAAACUCUGACUGAGAUGAUGACUGCAGAAACUGGGACAUAUCGCUGGAUGGCCCCUGAGUUGUACAGCACAGUAACUUUGAGGCUAGGAGAAAAGAAGCAUUACAACAACAAGGUAGAUGUGUACAGUUUUGGAGUUGUCUUGUGGGAGUUAUUGACUAAUCGUAUGCCUUUUGAAGGCAUGUCCAAUUUACAAGCUGCAUAUGCUGCAGCAUUUAAGCAAGAAAGGCCAACUAUUCCAGAUGAUAUAGCCCCAGAUCUUGCAUUUAUAAUACAGUCAUGUUGGGUUGAAGAUCCUAAUUUACGGCCAAGUUUCAGUCAGAUUAUUCGCAUGCUGAAUAAAUAUUUGUUUACUCUUGCACCACCAACGCCUCCUCCACAGCAGCAGCUGCCUGAAUCCGAUACCAAUCAGGCUGCUUCAACAAGUAAUGGUGCCAUUACAGAAUUCUCAGCACGCGCAAGGGGGAAAUUCUCGUUCAUUCGCCAACUUUUUGCUGCUACGAGGCGUCCGAGGAAUUUGCAAUGAAUACCGGGUAAAUUUUGAGCUGAUUCAAGAGUAAAGAAAAUGCAUUCUUUAAUAGAUGCAAUGGAUAUUUUUCUUUCCUCACCCCUCUUUUUUGUGUAAUAUCUUAUGAUUAGUUUGAAGGAAUUGAUGAUUAGAUCAGGUUGAGAAUUGUUAAAAGAGAUAGCAAUGUUAGUGGGAAACAUGUUUAUGCUCAGAAAUAAAAGAAAAAUACACAAGUUGUCAAUAUUACACCAACCUUCACUUCAUUGUACAGAAAA